AUUAGCUUAAUCGAUUAUCUGGGAGUUUGCCGAGACGUGUUCGGACAUGUUUUUGUCCGGAAAGUUUUUGAGGGUUGCUGAUGCGAUCAAUUGCCGGUGUCAUUCGUAUCCCAAGUUCAAUUUUGUAUUUCAAGACUUUCUUGUGUCGUUCAGUCCUCCCGUGAAAACGCGACUUCAAGCCCAAACCGAUCGUCGCGCCGCUUCUGACGUAUCUUUAGUUGAGCGUGAUCACGUCGACGGUCAGUGUGUACAUAUGCAUCACCUGCCGCACGCGUAUCUAUGAUUACUCAAGUUUACAUACGCGCACCACUCCCGUUACUGCGUGUUCGUAAUUUUUGUGAGAUUCCCGACGUAGGACGGAACUCGGAACGUCGCCGGAAUAUCGGCAAGUGCGUAUCCCCGAACGAGUGAUGGGGGACGCAGCGAUGAACGUCGCAGCGUCCGGUGGCGGCGGCGGCGGUGGCGGCGGCGGUGGUGGUGGCGGCGGCGGCAGCGGUGCUGGCAGCGGCAGCGGUAGCGGUGGUCAACGCAUCGUUAAGGAAGGAUGGCUCCAAAAACGCGGAGAACACAUAAAAAAUUGGAGAUCAAGGUACUUUGUCUUGAGAGACGAUGGUACACUGGUCGGGUUCAAGGCAAAACCUGAUUCACAAAUGGCUACGCAAACAUCUACCCAGCCGUUAAAUAACUUCACAGUGCGUGGAUGCCAAAUAAUGUCAGUGGACAGACCUAAACCCUAUACAUUUGUUAUUAGAGGCCUCCAGUGGACGACUGUAAUCGAAAGGACGUUUCAUGUGGAAACAGAACAAGAAAGAGAAGAAUGGGUAGCAGCAAUCAGAAAUGUAGCAGAUAGAUUAGCAAAUGAAAAUCUGCAGCAAGAGCAACCACAAAUGCAACAAUCCUCUUCUUCGGAGGAUGUUGAUAUGGAAUCGUCAGUAGGUGCUAGGUCAGAUUCUUGUAGUUCCUUAGGUGUUGUAUCUACUGAUAUAGAUGGUGGUAGUAUUGAUGAAUUAUCAGCAAAAUUCAGUGUCCAAGGAACUUCAAGUAGUAAAAGCACUGGCAAAAAGAAAGUAACUCUUGAAAAUUUUGAAUUUUUAAAAGUUUUGGGAAAAGGAACGUUUGGGAAGGUAAUUCUUUGUAGAGAAAAAGCGACAGGACAUUUAUAUGCUAUUAAAAUUUUAAGAAAAGAAGUUAUUAUCCGUAAAGAUGAAGUGGCACACACACUUACUGAAAACAGAGUAUUACGUACUACUAAUCAUCCUUUUUUAAUCUCUUUGAAAUAUAGUUUUCAAACGGCGGAUAGGCUGUGUUUUGUUAUGGAAUAUGUAAACGGAGGCGAAUUAUUUUUCCAUUUGAGUCGAUCACGAGUCUUUGGCGAAGAUCGUACUCGAUUUUAUGGCGCAGAGAUUAUAUCGGCCUUAGGUUACUUGCACUCGCAAGGCAUUAUAUACCGUGAUCUCAAAUUGGAAAAUCUCCUCCUGGAUAAAGAUGGGCAUAUAAAAAUUGCUGACUUUGGUUUGUGCAAGGAAGAUAUUACUUAUGGGAGAACGACAAAGACAUUUUGCGGAACACCAGAAUAUUUGGCACCAGAAGUACUUGAAGAUAACGAUUACGGACGAGCUGUGGAUUGGUGGGGCGUGGGUGUAGUCAUGUAUGAAAUGAUGUGUGGUCGAUUACCUUUUUAUAACAAAGAUCAUGAAAAGCUAUUUACGCUUAUUUUAUUGGAAGAAGUAAGAUUUCCUAGAACGAUUAGUAAUGAAGCAAGAGAUAUGCUUGGUGGUUUAUUAAUAAAGGACCCAAGCAGAAGAUUAGGCGGUGGACCUAAUGAUGCGAAGGAUAUCAUGAAUCAUGCAUUUUUCUCAUGUAUCAAUUGGACAGACCUUGUCCAGAAGAAGAUUCCUCCACCCUUUAAGCCGCAAGUGACUUCAGAUAUUGACACUCGAUAUUUUGAUAGUGAAUUUACCGGCGAAAGUGUUGAACUUACACCCCCGGAUCAAGGCUGUUUGGGUAGUGGAGGGGGUUUAAAUUCUAUAGCUGAAGAACAAGAACAUUUUCCCCAAUUUUCAUACCAGGAAAGUCAUUCAGCAGCAACUUCUUCCAUUGUUUCUAUUAAUCACUGACAGUGUCAAGUGUCUUGCUUAAUUAAUGUAAGAUGCAAUUCGAUGCAUGAAAAAUCUCAAACAAAAAAGUUUAAUUACGAUAUGUAUCUGACGAUUGUCUGCAAAGCUUGAAAUUUUCCCAAUAGUCAGAUCAAUCAAAUUAUCUUUCUUUACGAUGCUUUUUUUAUGCAUCUUAAGAGAUUGUCACAUAUCUCCAAUGGCAAAAAAAUUAGAUUUAUGCGUAUAAGUGUGCGCGCGCAUAUUACAUCUAUACACAUAAUUAUUCAUUAAAAUUGUAUAUGGCAGAAUGUAUACUAUAAGAUUAGAUUGAGAUAGUAUGAUUACUAUUUGCAUAUAGACUCGAAGGAAUAUGACAGGGAUUAAAUUACGUUCAUAAUUGAAUCAAGUUAACUAAAACUCCUUGAGACAUGUAUUGUGAAUAUUGAAUAAUUUUCUUGUCAUCAAGGAAUGUGCGGUAUAAACCUAAGUAUAAUCUUUCAUUUAACAAAAGCUGCACUUGACACUUUCCAACUUCAUUGUCACUGUUUAUUAUCUUAUUUAUGGAAGGGCAGUGUUCCUGAUCUUUUUUUUAAUUCAAUAGAUGACUGUUACGGCAGAUGCCAAAAUAGAAAAUUCGCAAUUAGCAAAACGCCAACAAAAAGAAAAUGGUUUUGUCCAUUAUGAAAGUAGAAUGUGUAGUAAAAUAUCAGCUUUAAUUGAAUUAUUGUAUAAAUUGGAGAUUACUUUUUUAGCCUUAUGAGAAAAUCAUUAUUAUGAUUAAUAAUAGUUCGAAAUGUGCGAGUAUUUGAAAAUUCUGGGCUGUAAAGAAUUCGGAGCACUCGUUCGAAACAAAUUUUGACUAUUUUUGGAAUUGCUUGAAAAAGGAAGCUGUUUGAAAAAAACUUGUGGCUUAAAUAUUUUCUACCUACUUUUCCUAACUGCAAAAUACAUUACUUAACAGUAGAUACAUGUAUAGAAAAUUGUACGUAUAGAAAAUAAUCAGAAAUGAAAUUCUGUAUUACAUUAUUACAAUUUGAUAUUUUAUUAUUGAAUCAUAUGUUUAAAGCUUGAGCAAUCGACACUUGAAUCGAUAGUUACCUAAUACAGCAAAAGGUAAAAAUUUUAUGUGAGAUUCUAUGAUAUAUUACAGUUUGUUUCCACUGAUAAGAUAUUUGGAAAAAAUUUUUUAAAUUAAUUAACUUUCUGUAUGUUUUUUUUCGGCACUUAUAGCUUGUACAAGUAGGUCUGUCAUGUCGAAUGCUAUUUUCCCUACCUUAAAAAAAAUUUAAAAAGAAUGUAUGGAAUGUCUGUCAACAAGAGUUGUUAUUUUAUCUUGAACGUUUCAGACCUACGUAUACAGGCAAAGUUUUUAACGUUUUAAAUAUCACGUAUUUAAAAAUAAUGGUUUAUGUAUAUAUACAGAAUGUUCCGUAAAGGUCGUAACAAGAAUAGACUUUUGGGAUUAUUUGGAAAAAAUCCUCAUACCAAAAUGUCGAGGUUGCAAUAAUUUUUAAAUGAGAAGUUUAAUGUUGGUAAAUCAAACUACCUAAAAUGUGCACGCUCAGAUAUGGCAUAUCAUACGGUAGAAAAAAUAUCCCUAAAUGAUUCUUAUUUUUUAUUUCAUUGAUUUUGCAUAUGCCUUUAUUAUGUGUCAUACCUGAAUGAGUUUGAUUUGCCAAUUUGAAAUUCUUCUCAUUUAAAAACUCUUGUAGACUCUAGACAUUUUGAUAUAUAUUAAGAUUUUCGUCUCAUAACGAUUUCAGGAGUUUCAUGCAGAAUUCACACUGCGUCUAACGGUGAUCCAAUAUCCAAUAAGAGAUAGGUUUCCUAGGUAGUAACACUUUUCAUUCUUUUCAAUUUUCAAAAAACUUUUGAUCUAUUGAAUAUCGGACAUUAUACAUCAGAUAUCAAGUGCAAUGAAUCUGCAUUGUUACAGAUUUUACGGGACAUUCUGUGUGUAUGUAAAUUUUAUCUCUAUAUUUUUUUCAAUGUCUGUCAAUGUUUUCAAAAUCUGCAUUCUUUGAAAUAAUCACAAAAGAUUGUUCUUAAAUACAAUCAUUAUUUAAAUAUAAGCAAUUCUAAAAAUAAUUCUUUAGGAGAUAAUGAAAUAUAUAAAUUGUUUAUUAUUCAAAACAUAAAUCAAAACAUAAGUGAAAUCAUUUCUCAACUUCAACGAUAUAGGCAUAAAAUAAUUUGUGCACAAUUAUGAUCAAAGUGCCUAGUAAACGAUUACUCCCUAGUGCAAAUAAUAUAAUUUACAUUUGAAUGUAAAUGCGAAAAUAGCAUAAUCAAUCAUUAUUCUAUUUUUAUUUAUCAAAGCUAAAACACUUACUCUAUAUCAUUAGAUAAACUCGCAUUUUUCAAGAGUUGGCUAAUUUAAAACUUAUAAAUAUUCAGAAAACGUAAAAUCUUACAAAUAAUUCAUUAUAGGUUUGAAAAUAUGUUAGCCACAAUUAGAGUGAUUGAAGCAGUUUUGAAUCUAAUUGAUCGAAUGAGUUCUAUCCGAAAUGUAGUCGUAAAAUAUGUGAAACUUCGAAACACUCACACGUAUCUAAUUAUGAAUUUUAAAUCAGAAAAAAUGUUUUCCUAAAAAAAGAAAAAAAAACAAUCAAGGCUAUUCGUUAUAUCUUUAUGUAUCAUUAAAUAGUGAUUAAUUAUGAGAGUUAGAUGGAAAAA